UUUCAUGUGUCUUGCAGGGUGCGCGCCAACAUUCAGGCUGUGAGCUGGAGGGAGAGGUUUGAGUUUGUGUGGAUGGUUUAUUACUCACAGGUGCUCUCUCAGUUUGGCUCUAGUUUUCUAGUUUGUUUCACACUUUUCCAAAAUGGAACACCCCACUUUUGGGGAACCCCACCACCAGAAUGCGCGGACGAUCUUAUAGUAGAGCUGAACCCAAACGUUUUCCCUUUGUCACCUGUGAACUUUGACCCUACCAUGAACUACACCCUCAACACCACCUCUCUGUUGACCGCACCACUGCAGCAAGGGUCGGCCCCGGCAGGAAGUGGCGGCAGCGGAACAGGAAGUGGAGGAGGGGGAGGAGGAGGAAGUGGGAGCGGCUCGUGGGUGACGUCCUUCCUGGGCGCCACCCUGCUGGUCAUGUGCGCCCUGGGCGUGGCGGGCAACGUGUACACGCUGGUGGUGACGCGCUCGGCCGCGCUGCGUCGCACGGGCUCCAUGUACGUGUACAUCGUCAACCUGGCGCUCGCCGACCUCCUCUACCUCUCCACCAUCCCCUUUGUCGUCUGCACCUACUUUGCGCACGACUGGCUGUUCGGCGAGGCAGGCUGCCGGGUCCUGCUCAGCCUGGACCUCCUCACCAUGCACGCCAGCGUGUUCGUGCUGGUCGCCAUGAGCCUGGAGCGCUACCGCGCCGUGGCCAAGCCCUUCCGGGCCCGCCUCUCCUCGUCGCGGGGACGCAAGCUGGCAGCGGGCAUCAUCUGGGCGGGCUCCUUCAUCCUCACCCUGCCCAUGAUGGUGAUGAUCCGACUGAGGGAGGGGAAGCCCAAUCCGGUUACCGGCGCCGUCAAACGGAUCUGUUUCCCCACCUGGACCCAAGAGGCCUUCAAGGCGUACCUGACGGUGCUGUUCCUCACCAGCGUGCUGGUCCCCGGGCUGGUCAUCGUGGGGCUGUACGCCGGCCUGGCCCGGAGGUACUGGGUGGCCCAGGCCAGCCUAGGGGGCAGCGUGCGCUCCGCCCGGAGGCGGGGCUUGAAGCAGAAGGUGGUGUCCAUGAUCUUCAGCAUCGUGGUGGCGUACUGGGCCUGCUUCCUUCCCUUCUGGGGCUGGCAGCUGGCCAAGCUCUUCUCUCCGGAGUCGCUGAGGACACUGUCGCCCGCCACGCACAGCUACGUCAACUUCUUCGUCACGUGUCUGACGUACGGGAACAGCUGCAUCAACCCUCUGCUCUACACGCUCCUCACCAGGAACUACAAGGACUACCUGGCCCAGAAAGGUCAAGGGUCGACGGGGUCCAGUAGGGUCGACCCGGGGUCGGCCGGGGCCGCGCCCCUGCAGGACAUGUAAGGCGAGGUGGAGAAUGCGUCUGAUUGGACGGUGUUGGACUAUUGUGGUUGCUAUGAGAUGUUUUUUUGUAUAUCAGCUUUGUGAAAACAAACCGGUAUAGUCAUAUUGGAGUUAGUUGUAGAUGUGUACAUAUCGAGUUACAUGUACCUGCACAUAACCAAGCAUUUUUUUAACUAUUGGUUGUUGUUCGGGUUUUUAAACAUCUUUUAUGGAACACGGUUAUCACUUGAGAAAACACGUGUGUUCUGGUUUUCUUUUGAUGAAAUAUGUUUCUAGUGGAUGUUUCUGGAAUGACAAUGGGCACAGCAAGAGGUCACAAGCAUCCAUGUGUCUUCUGUAGCGUAACGGAUCUCUCAAACUUCCAAUGUACCUUCUGCAUUUAUAUUCUUGAAUAUCCUGGACUUUCUUUAUGAAAUACCAAGAAUGUGUUGAGAUCUUGUGAUUGUCGGCAGGUGAUAUUGUACCAAAGCUUUUUAUCAUCUGUGUAACAAUGGGGAAUGUUGACUGUGGUACAAAUAGGUACUGAAUAAUCCAAUGUAAUUACUUGAAUGCUUGCCAUAAUGCAUGUAAACUUAAUGAUAUGCCUUUAUCUG